GUGGGAUAUAUUGUCAACACAUGGAAACUAAUUUUGUUUACAAACAACCUUUUGGAUUGUUUCGUUUUAGUUUUUUCAUAAAAAAAAAUUAAAGAAUGUUCGCGUCUGCAAGUAUAAUAAUGGAACUGAUCCUUCUGGAAGCUAUCAGUGCGGAACUGGAAGCAAAUUUACGCAAGAGGAGGCGCAGAUUUUUGGUUAAUCGUCGCAUUGACCAAGCAAUGGAACUUCCGGAUGAAGAAUUCCUAGAGCACUUCCGGAUUACAAAGGAAAUGUUCGUUGAGAUUAUGAACCUCACUGAGGAUGCUCUUCCGGAUUCGGAUACAGCUUGUGGGUACCCGAAACCAAUUCAAGUCCUUUCAGUCCUUAGUUGGCUUGCUAAUGGACACAUUGAGGAUGUUCUUGAUCCAGGAGUACCAAUUGAAUCCUCGACGAAUUCCAUGUGCCGGAUGAUUAGCCAAGUCAUUCCAAUUCUUGAGGAAAAACUGGGAAGUGCCUUUAUUCAGUGGCCAAGAACAUUGAGUCAGAGGAAGAGCAUCAAAGAGGGUUUCUAUGCAAAACGAGGAAUCCCCUCAACAAUUGGGAUCAUUGACUGUAUGCACGUUGAGAUUAAAAAGCCAGAUAAGGCUCAUCAGUGCCUCAAUCAGUACGACAAGUACAGCCUCAGUGUUAGCCUCAUUUGCGAUCAUGAAGGAAAAUUCAUUGCAGCCGAUGCAACAUACGGUGGUGCAACACAUAGCUCCGAUAUAUGGAACAUGUCGCACGAGAGAGCAUUCAUGGAGAAGAUCUACAAUGAAAAUCGCGAAAAAUGCUGGAUUCUAGGCAAUAAAGCCUACCAUCUAGAGCCAUGGCUCAUUAGCCCGUACCGAACAACCACACAAGAGGACAUUGAGUUCAAUAAGAAGUUCUCAGCUGUUCAUGCAAUAAUGUCUCGGAAUUUGGGAAUCCUCCGGAGUCGUUGGAAGAUCCUGACAAAAAAACUUUUAUGUACACCGAAUAAAACAUCCAAAAUAGCCUACCUUUGUGUAGCUCUGCACAACAUGUGCAAGAUGAGGAAUGUUCCAGAUGUGAGAAUUGAACGGAGUGUACAAGAAAUGCAAGAUCGGGAAGAAAUUAUUGAGGUGGAUGAAGCAUUUGAUGAGGAAAAUGAAGAGGAUCAAUGGAAGAAAGGUGCAGCCAAUAGGGAGCUUAUCAAGCAAAUUCUCACUUAAGAAAUUCUUUAAUGUAAUAAAUGAAGUUCUUUUCUUUUC